GUCAGGCGUAGGAACGACCUUGUUACGUCCUUCUCUUGACACUUGGACAGUGGCGUUGCUACAGAAGAAGAGUCAAUUUCUUUGCUGAACGACGUCUGGAUCGGUAGCGUCCGAGUUGUAGUUCUCUGCGGGUUCUGGAGGAUCACUUGCCCUAUUUUCGCUUGAAUGGGCCGUACGAGUGAUACUCUGGAGUGGUUUUAGGUCGAUGGUGUGUGUUUUUGUUUCUGCUGCGAAUGUUCAGUGAAUUUUCUUACCAUUUGAGGAAUUGAACGGUACAGAAAGUGGUAUAUCGAGUGCAGAGGUGUUAUCAAUGUCGGUUUUACGGUUUUACUGAUUGUGACCAAACAGAAGAAACAGUCCGACAGCUGCAAUGGAAAAACCUGAAUCUGAUCAAAAGUGGUCGACUUUUGCAUUUGUUCUUUUAAAACCAGAAAACAAGUUAUGAACUGAAAGAGUUUCUCUCGGUCUCACACCAAAACGACUUGAUAUAAAGCAAAAAGCAUCAAAAUAAAACGAAUGGAACCUUUCUAGUAAGAGAACGAAUAGCCAAAUAAAGUGAAGUUGUGUUCUCGGCUAUGUGAGGAAAGAACAACCAACAAACAAAUUACACACAGUCAAAUCGAUCGAAUAUAAAACGGAAAAAUCGAAGACGCAAGUCCAUUCAAAGAUAUAUGCAAGCCAAAAUGCGAAGACUUAACUUCAACAACGAAGACGUCGAAUUCCCGGAAGAUUCAUUUAACCCAGCGAAAGCACCGUUGCUGCAGCAGCAGCAGCAAGCGAAACAUCGAAGAAACCCCGCCAAACUUGCGGACUACCGUCACGGUCAAAACGCGGUCGAGUCUGUCGUUACCGCCGUCGGUCAGCUGUUCGGUGACUGUGUGUUUAAAAUUAUCGUCACCGUGACUGCAAUUCUUAUCGGACUAUUUAUUGAGCUACGAAACUGCCUAAUUUCCAUGAGCACUCCAGGCGAUGCGUCAGCAUCCGGGGGAGGACCUGACAGACCGUGCGGAAUCACAUCACUGCUACCGAUCGGCAUGUCGUGCCGUGGUCGUGCCGAAGAGUUUGCCCGUAAUCUCCAAUCCCGCCUACGAACACUCGGUGCACAGGGAAAUGCCGAAGACGAAGACGUUCUGCCAGCUACCGAGCAAAGCGGAAACACCUGGUUGUCACAGGAGGAUGCUGCGAUAACUAUGCUACAACCGUUGCGCAUGGCUUCGAACGAGGCCGAUUCGUUCUUUGAUUUUGGAGUGGAGAUCGAAAGUCCCGGCUCACCGGUCGACGAAUGUGAAUACACCCGCCUAAUUGAAACAACAUCGGUAACACCGGCGGAAAUAGCACCCGAGUCUGGUUACGUGUGCUCUUCGCCCUGUUCAACGACGACGCAUGCCACAAGCCUCGAAAAUAGUUCGUCAAGUCAAGGGUCAACCGAUUGCCAGUUCUACGAUCCAGAUUUGUACGAUUCCGAUCCAAAAUCGUCCAGUGGCUGUACUACAUAUUACGACUGUACUAACUCUGACCAAUGCACAACGUCGUCGUCUUCGCCGAGGAUUGCCGCCGUUUCUCGUUUGCCGAACAAAAAAUCUACCUCAUCAAAAACCGCAGUCGUGCCAGAAACAGCGGAUCCAUCGAAAGCAAAAUGCAAAGUUCAAAAUGGUCACCUACUCAGUGGAGAUCUGCCGGUAACGGCUGACAGCGAUAGCUGCUCGGAAUCGUUACCACCAUCACAAUCCACUGAUACGCACGAUUCUACCUUCACCGGGCUAAGUUCGAAUAAUUCAAACAGCACAUUGCAAGAUGUGACCAUGGAUGGUGACGAGGUUGUCACAAUUGUGAGUAGCAGUACUGGCACGAAAGUCGAAUUAUCAAAUGGUGAAGACACUUCACAACUGCAGACUGCAGAAGACAACGGAAAAGUAUUAGCCAACGGAAAUGCCAUAAUGCUGAAAGAUACGCAGAUUGCCACAUUCGACCUCAGUCAGUCUUGCCACAUCGAUAUGAUGAAACUCGUCAACGGAGAUGCAAGAGAACCUGAACCUGAAGAGGAGGAAAGGGAGGAGGAGCAGCAGCAGCAGAGCCCUCGAGUGGAAAUGGAAGAGGUUGAAAAGAUGCUUAAGGAGUGUAGUGUCGCUGAAGUAGUGGAAGAAAAGGGAAGCAGAAGAGAAGGGGCGUCUUCCGGAGAUGACGAUGACGAAGAUUUCAGUCGUCCGCAGCGUGUUCGAAGGUGCUCUUCCUUGAAGACAGGAAAAACUCCACCCGGAACACCUGGUCGGAAGAAGAUUGUUCGAUUCGCGGACGUCUUAGGGCUGGAUUUAGCCGAUGUUAAAACGUUCGUCGAUGAAGUUCCCAAAGUGCCCAAAUCCGCCUACGAAGACCUCGAGUUUACACUAGAUCCUCCGCAACAACAGAUCAGUCUAGGACCGCGCGCAGAUCGAGUAUUAGUACCACUGUUCCAGCAACCAGGUGCACUACCCUGCUUCAUGGAUCUGGUUCGGGAGAAGCAGGUCAACUUGGAAAAUGCUGCCGUGACGGAUCCGAUCACACUGACUAUCACCGGAACGGUGCGUGUACGGAAUCUGGACUUUCACAAAUCAGUGUACGUACGUUACAGUAUCGAUAACUGGCGAAGUUUCGCAGAUCUGCAGGCAUCCUAUGUUCCGAACUCUUGCGACGGAUUCUCCGACAAAUUCGCAUUCACCAUCUACGGCCAUUCGGUUCAGAUCGGCCAGCGUAUCGAAAUGGCAUUACGCUUUCACUGUCGAGGCCAGCAGUUCUGGGACAAUAAUUACAACACAAACUAUGUUUUCCAAUGUUUGCCAAUUUCGCAACCGAACCACAUCGGCCAUGCGGCGGUAAAACCAGCCAACUUGGAGUCGCUACUCAGCCCGGAAGAUACUUGGUGCAAAAAUUUCUACUAAACUAGGUGAAAUCUAGUGGUGAAAUCCCUACCCGCCCACAAUUUUUUUUAUACACAAUAACUGUAGCAAACAGCAGUAGAUCAAAGCUAGUUUAUGUGAUCUAUAUUGAUGAAUAGAGUUGCGUUUGCGAGAGCAGAAUUCGCAGCCAAAAGGCUGUGUGUAGAGCAGCAUAAUGUUACUACUCUGGACGCGGUUUACAAGUGUGUCAUACGAAGAUUUAGCUUGUAGUAUAUGUUUGUAUGUUGAAUAAUCAUAUAUUUAUUUCUUUUAUGUUCCGAAUCCGUUUCGUUCUUAGUCCAAAAUUCGUUUUUAUUUUUGUUUUAAAACAUUGUUAUAGUGAACGACAGUAAUUUUACUAAUAAAAAUUAAGCAUUAUUUUUUUUUAAACUAUUUUGAAUCAAAAAUAGUAUUUUUUUUCGUUUCUCCUUUUGAAGAACUUUACAGUCGCAGUCUAUGAACGCUGAAUAGGUUUUUUUUUUUUCUAAUUAACGACUGCGUCAAGGACUGAGUAUGUAUCGAAAUUAGUGUAGUAGUCAACCAAGUUGCAACCUAAAACGAGCAUGUUUUCUAAUAAACCAUACACUUUCGCAUAUAUAAAAUGUCAACGUUCAAGCGAGUAUCAGUAAAAGUAAAAUGAACUCACUCCUAUCAAGAAGUUUUACGGGUGUGGGCAAAUCACAUCUACUAAUGUUACUGGUAUAUGAGCAAUGGUUGUUGCAAGCAUAUUUUUUAUAUUGAAUAGGAUUCUCAAUGUUUGCCGAAACGCACUCCAAUUGCAAGGAAAGGAGAAGCAACAAAGAAUGUAUGAAUUGAUUAGAUAACAUGGAAUAGAAUGAGCAAGCUAGGAUGAUUUAUUUAUAGUUUCAAAGCUGAGAUCUGAUGUUUUCCGAGAGUUGUCGAACACUUCCUAGUAAUUCUCAUGACCAUUGUUGCCAUAUCAAUAUUUACCUAAUUGAUAUGCGUUGCUGUCGGUAAUCGUUGUUUCCUGCUACAUCACAGAGCAAUUUCAAAGGAAUGGGAACAUGAGCAAGCAGGAUGUGAUGGAACAGAAUGUUUUGAGCUGAACACUCCUGGUGAAGAAAUUCCUAUAAUAGAAACCGAUGGAAUAAUGUAUCCACAAGUGAACGAGAAAAAAUGCAAAGCAGAAAUAACGAUAAAGAUUCAGGAGAGGGUUAGCAGAAGUAAGCAAAAACAUUCAAAACCCGAAUUGGUGUCUUAUGAAAACGAAGAGAAACUAUUCUAGUUAAGAUUAUCAACCCUUGUAUAAUGAAAAGUUUAUCCAAAGAUUAAAUAAUAAAGUACUGUUUAACAUGUAGUUGAAA